AAUUUGUUUAAAAUGCAGAAUUUAUUUUAACUUUGUUUUGUAGACAUGGAGGUGAUGAAGCCCUUAAUUGAAGAACAAAAUUCAGAUGAGGAGCAUGAACUGUCACCAGUUGAGAAGCAUUACCAGCAGGACAACGAAGAAGGCAUCACGUUUAUACAAACACUAACCCACCUCCUCAAAGGAAACAUUGGAACUGGGCUUCUAGGGCUUCCCCUUGCAAUAAAGAAUGCUGGCAUUGUGAUUGGACCCAUCAGCCUUGUGUUCAUAGGACUUAUAUCAGUUCAUUGUAUGCACAUCUUGGUACGUUGCAGCCACAAUCUGUGUCAGAGGUUGAAAAAAUACUCACUAGGCUACAGUGAUACAGUUAGUUAUGCCAUGGAAGUGGGGCCUCUGACUGCCCUUCAGAAAAGAGCUUCCUGGGGAAGGUAUAUUGUUGACUUUUUCCUAGUAAUAACACAGCUGGGAUUUUGUAGUGUUUAUGUUGUGUUCUUGGCAGAAAAUGUGAAACAAGUCUGUGAAGGAUUUUUUGAAAACAGGACUGUUUCCAUAAAUGCCAGCACCAGCAGCAAUUCUUCUGAGAAGAGGAGUACUGAUUUACGACUCUACAUGCUGUGUUUUCUGCCAUUUAUAAUCCUCUUGGUCUUUAUUCGUGAUCUUAAGAACCUCUCUGUGCUUUCGUUGCUUGCCAAUCUGUCGAUGGCUGUCAGCCUGGUGAUCAUUUACCAGUAUAUUGUUAGAGAUAUAGCAGAUCCUCGGAAAUUGCCUCGCAUGGUUGGCUGGAAGAAAUACCCACUGUUUUUUGGGACUGCUGUAUUUGCUUUUGAAGGAAUUGGGGUGGUGCUCCCUCUGGAAAACAGAAUGAAAGACAGCACGCGCUUCCCACAGGCGCUCAACAUCGGCAUGGGCAUAGUCAUGGCCUUGUAUAUCUCCCUCGCCACCCUGGGCUACCUGCGCUUUGGGGAUGAAAUCAAAGGCAGCAUAACUUUAAACCUGCCACAGGAUAUAUGGUUAUACCAGUGUGUAAAAAUUCUGUACUCCUUUGGGAUCUUUGUGACCUAUUCCAUUCAGUACUACGUCCCCGCAGAGAUCCUCAUUCCAGCCGUCACCUCAAAAGUGGAGCAGAAGCGGAAGCUGCUUUGUGAGCUUGUGGUGAGAGCACUUCUGGUCUGCUCAACGUGUGCUGUAGCGAUUUUGAUCCCUCGCCUGGAUCUCGUGAUUUCUUUCGUUGGAGCUGUCAGCAGCAGCACCCUGGCGUUGAUUCUGCCUCCUCUCGUUGAAAUCCUCACGUUCUACAAGGAAAACUUAAGUCUGUGGAUGGUACUUAAGGAUAUUUUUAUAGCUAUCAUUGGAGUUGUUGGAUUUUUAACAGGGACAUAUGUGACUGUUGAAGAGAUCAUUUAUCCUGCAUCCACAGUCCUGGUUAAUGUAACAGAGAGCAUCUCUGCAGAAUUGAAUGUUACAGACUUGACAGUUGGCUUCUAA